AUGAAUGUCAUAGACUAUGAAUUACAUCAUUUUUCUGAUGCCAGUGAGAAGGGUUUUGGUCAAUGCUCAUACUUAAGAAUGACAGAUGCAAAUGGACAAGUACAUACUAGGUUAGUUAUGGCUAAAUCAAGAGUGUCUCCCUUGAAACCUAGGUUAGAACUCACUGCUGCAUUAGCAUCAGUGAAGGUGAGUUAUUUCUUAAAAAAGGAGUUGAAGGUCAAUAUUAGUAAAGAAGUAUUUUGGGUAGAUAGUACAAUUGUUCUUGGAUACAUAGCUAAUCAAUGUAAACAGUUUAAGGUUUUUGUCGCAAACAGAGUUGCGCAAAUCAGAAGUCAUACCUUACCUGAACAAUGGAGAUAUGUUUCCUCAAGUGAUAAUCCUGCUGAUUUAUGUUCAAGAGGCAUGUCUGUUCAUGAUCUGACUAGUAACUAUAUGUGGUGGCAUGGACCUGAAUUCUUAAAACAUGAUAAUGCUGAUAAUGAAACUUUAUGUUCAUUUGAAGUUGCAGAUGAAGAUCCAGAAUUAAAGAAAGUGUCACUGGCAAUUAACACUGAUGAUAAUAAUUAUGCUACCAGACUUAAUUACUUCUCAGAUUGGACACGUGCAAGAAGGUCAUUAGCUUUAUGUAAUAGAUUUAUUGAUAAAUUGAAACAGAAAUCAUUAUAUACUGAGUAUGCUCAUGUGUCUGUAGAAGAGCUAAUCAAGGCAGAAAUUACCAUUAUAAAAUUAGUCCAAAGAGAAGCUUUUCAAUAUGAAUAUCAGUUGUUAAGUAUAAGCAAUAACAAAUUUGAUAAAUGUUUAAGGAAAUCUAGCAAUUUGUACAAGCUUGAUCCAUUUAUUGGUAGUGAUGGCUUAAUAAGAGUGGGUGGUAGAUUACACAGAAGUAAUUUUGAUGUUCAUGUAAAAUAUCCUGUGAUUUUGCCAAAGAAUAGUCAUAUUACUGAAUUGAUAAUCUGUCACUAUCAUAAUAAAGUACACCAUCAAGGUAGAAAUUUAACUUUAAAUGGAAUUAGAUCUAGUGGUUACUGGAUUAUAAGUGGAUCAUCCUUAGUAGCGAAACAUAUAUCAAAAUGUGUAACUUGUAGAAAAAUUAGACAUGAUUCUCUUACACAGAAGAUGGCCGAUUUACCAAAGGAUAGGGUAGAAAUGUCUUCUUCUUUCACUUACAGUGCAGUUGAUUAUUUUGGUCCAUUUAUAAUUAAGGAAGGUAGAAAAGAGCUCAAAAGGUAUGGUGUAUUAUUUACAUGUAUGUCAACUAGGGCAAUACACAUUGAAACUGCCCAUUCUCUCAGUACAGACUCUUUCUUAAAUGCUUAUAGGAGAUUUGUUUGUAGAAGAGGCCAUUGCGCACAACUGCGUUCAGAUCAAGGUAGUAACUUUAUUGGUGCAAGAGAGGAGUUUGCAAAGUGCCUCUGA